AAGCUGGGUGUACACACGCAUUAACAGAAAAGAAAUUAGAUAGAAAAAAACACAAACGAAAAAAAAAAAAAAAAGAGAAAGAGAACGUUUAAGUCUCUAAUUUCUUAUGCGAAUGGCUUUUGCUGUAGCUUCUUCUUCUUCUGCGAUUUCUGGGCCUUCUUUUUCUCCUUCCAAUGCUUGUUCUGAGCCUAAAGCUCUGCAGCUCGCUCCAUUCCGGUUAUUAGAUCGGACUCAUGGUCAAUCUUCAGUUUUGAAUCUUUCUCAAAGACGCUGUGCCGUGAAACCCUUAAAUGCCGAGCCAAAACGAAACGAUUCCAUUGUACCUCUUGCGGCAACCAUAGCUGCUCCUGAGGUGGUAGAGAAAGAGAAAGUUGAGGCUGAAGAUUGUGAGCAACUAGCCAAAAGCCUUGUAAAUGCUUCCCCUCUUGAAAUUAUGGACAAAGCCCUGGAGAAAUUUGGCAAUGACAUCGCAAUCGCUUUCAGUGGAGCUGAAGAUGUUGCUUUGAUUGAGUAUGCACGUUUGACUGGUCGACCGUUUAGGGUGUUCAGCCUGGAUACCGGGAGACUGAACCCUGAAACAUACCAAUUUUUUGACACAGUUGAGAAGCAUUAUGGCAUUCGCAUUGAAUAUAUGUUUCCGGAUUCUGUUGAAGUUCAGGCAUUGGUAAGGAGCAAGGGGUUGUUCUCCUUUUAUGAGGACGGGCACCAGGAGUGCUGCCGUGUGAGGAAGGUGCGACCCCUGCGAAGGGCCCUCAAAGGGCUUCGCGCUUGGAUCACUGGCCAGAGAAAAGAUCAAUCUCCUGGUACUAGGUCUGAAAUUCCUGUUGUCCAGGUGGAUCCAGUUUUUGAGGGUUUGGAUGGUGGAAUUGGCAGCCUUGUAAAGUGGAACCCUGUGGCAAAUGUUGAUGGUCGAGACAUAUGGAAUUUCCUCCGUGCUAUGAAUGUGCCUGUGAAUUCAUUGCAUUCACAAGGCUACAUUUCAAUUGGUUGUGAACCUUGCACAAGGCCUGUCCUUCCUGGACAGCACGAGAGAGAAGGAAGGUGGUGGUGGGAGGACGCCAAGGCCAAGGAGUGUGGCCUCCACAAAGGAAACAUUAAACAGGAAGAUGCUGCACAGCUUAAUGGCAGUGGAGGCGAUGCAAAUGGAACUGCCACUGUUGCUGACAUUUUCAACUCCCAGAAUUUGGUAACCUUAAACCGGAAUGGAAUAGAGAACUUGGCAAAACUGGAGAACCGAAGAGAACCAUGGCUUGUUGUGCUCUAUGCGCCAUGGUGCCCGUUCUGCCAAGCCAUGGAAGGACCAUAUGUAGAAUUGGCUGACAAGUUGGCGGGGAGCGGUGUUAAAGUUGGGAAGUUCAGAGCAGAUGGGGAGCAAAAGGAGUUUGCAAAGAGCGAACUUCAGCUUGGAAGCUUCCCCACCAUACUUUUCUUCCCCAAACACUCAUCUCAUCCGAUUAAGUACUCCUCAGAAAAUAGGGAUGUUGAUUCAUUGAUGGCUUUUGUGAAUGGCCUCCGAUGAUGGAAGUUACCGGUUUCAAUAAAAGAGUUAAUUUGGAAAAAUGAAGCACCAAUGGAAGGUUGAGUCAACAUCAAGUUGGCAAAACAAAGUGGAAAAUGAGCGCGGACGUUUCACGUAUGGAAUUCAUAGAAUUCUACGAGUUAUGUGCCCCUGCUUCAAAAUUGAAUACAGGGUAUUUUGUAUAUGGUUAGUUUUGAGGUAUUUCUUCCUCAAUUUGAGUCCAGCAUAAAGCUUGUUUAGGGGGGUAGGAACUAGAAGUUUGUAUUUUUGUAGUGAUUGUUUGGGAUGAGGGUAUUUUCUGGCCGGGAAUGGUUAAUAUAUUGUUAUUUUUGUAUUGAAAUGACAAAAAUUGAGAGUUUUUCCAUGCC